CUAUUGCCUGCACGUUCUCACAAGCACUCUUCUACUCUCGAAGUGAGACAUCAGCGCCAAAACCAGAACGGCCAGUAGCAAAGCAAAGGCGGGUUCUGUACCGUGUGAAGCCGCGGACGGCUGGCCACCGUCGCCAUGUGUGUCUCCACCAUCACCCAUACCCUGCAUUCCAUUCAUCAACACCACAGCCAUGGAUGUGUGGGCCAUGCAAACAUGCAAACAUGCAAACAUGCAAAGAAGGAGGAUGAAUGAAUGAAUGAAUGGGUGGGUGAGAUCAUGCACUUCCUGGGUGACUGACUGACCGCGAGUUCUCUUUGCUCUUGUGCGCUUUUGCAGACGGUGAGGCCAGGGCAUGUGCGCUCCUCAUUCGCCUCACCCUCGCACUCCUUUCCGCCGCCCUGACUCACACACACACACACACACACCCCUGUGUGUGCUCCCCCCAACACAGUCGUCACGUUUCUUUGUGUACUGGUCCACCCGUGCUUCGGUCUUGAUCGAUCUUGUGCGUGUCUGCUUGGGCGGCGCCUGGCCAGGAGGCGUGCACCUGAGUGUGGCGCAGACAGACAGGAGGAACACACAGACACACAUGCAGACAUGUCUCGACGUAAUCGACCGUCCCAGCGCAUGGACACACGGACAAUCUUACCCUUAACCACCACCACCACCCUGUCUCGACGCAUGGCUGGCUCAACGCAUGGCUGGCUCUAUAUGGUCGGUCGGUUGGCUUACGGGAGUGGGCACUCGUGCCAGUUGCCCCAUUCCUGCCACUCACAGUCAUCCACUGAAGGCAUGCAAGACGUAUAUAUAGGCACAUGUGUGCACUUACAUGCAUGUGCUCACGUUCGUAUGUGUGUGUGGACUCAUUUGUUCACCGCAUUUGUCCGUGGCGCACUUCUCAGUGUACGCCUUGUUUUCAAUGUCACACACCGUGUUCUUGGCUGUGGGCUUCCUGCAUACCACACGGAGACACAGGUAGGUAGGCACAUAAUGAGUGCGCCAAUCAGGUGACGCACCUUGUCCAGAUGGGCUGGCGUGAGCGCUCUCCACCCCCACAAUCGACACGAAGACCACUGAUGGAUGAAUAGCACACACGAUUGGAUGGAUAGAUUAUGGUCUCACUUACUCUUUUCCCAGGCACUCGCCCCACUCCUCCCAAGUAUACUCACAAUCAUACUCUGCGUGUGCACCACACACGCACACACACACACACACACACACACAGAGAGAGAGAGAGAGAGAGAGACUAGGUAGUGUACCGCAGAUCGACUGUCUUUCACCGCCCCACUCACCGCAGUCGGGUAAGUCUCUCGUGCAGUCGUGGUUUCGCGUGUUGGGCUUACAUCUUUCCGGCUGAUAUCAGGCAUGCACACUCUGAUGGAUGGGCUGUGUCUGUCCGUCUGUUUGUGUGACUUACGUCUUCCUUUGCCGUCUGUGUCUGCUCAAGCGGUGGGUUGUGGCCCUCAGGCUUACACCUGCAAAGUGCAAACACACGCACACACGAACGACGAGCGAGUUAAUGAAUCUCUGCCUGCGCGGCGCCCGCAGUAUACACACACACGCAUACACACAUACGUAUGUACUGUACGUUUCAGAGCAGGGCGGGGACCAUUCCUGGUAUUUGCAGGCAGGCUUCUCAGAGCUCCCUCCCCCGCCCAU